UAUAACGGUCCUAAAACGAUUUCGACUUUUGUAGCUUCAGUCGCCGAGAAAUUUAAGAAACAUGUGUCGGCUCUUCGUGACGAUGAUGGUGAUCACGGUAAUCAAUUUCGCGUCAAUCAACGCAGAGUUGCAUAGAAUUCCGUUACACAAGACAUCCUCUGUUGGAAAAUUUUCGACGGAAACUAUGAUACAACUCCGUUCGGGUACGGCAAACGUAUCUCUGAUUAAUUACCUAAAUAUUCAAUACUACGGUACUAUCGAAAUUGGAACUCCACCGCAGACAUUUAAAAUAGUUUUCGACACUGGUUCCUCAGAUCUCUGGGUACCAUCCAAAAACUGCAACAUCAGCCAACCUGCUUGCUUAAAGCAUAAUAAAUAUGAUAAUACAAACUCCACCACAUACGUGGAAGACGGACUUACAUUUGAUAUUCCUUACCACGAUGGCAGAGUGUACGGAAACUUAUCUAAUGAUGACGUAAUCAUUGCUGGCCUUAAGGUUUCAUUCCAGACAUUCGGAGAAGCGCUCGAUUUCUCGACAAGUUUUUGGGACCAUGCACAAUGCGACGGCGUUCUGGGAAUGGGUUAUCCAGCCUUAUCUGCCUUCGAAGAGCCUACUGUCUUCCAAAACAUGAUUGAUAAGCACGUGGUGUCCCGACCAAUUUUUAGCUUCUAUCUAAAUCGAAAUCACACGGACGUGAUCGGCGGUGAACUGAUAUUGGGUGGCACCGAUUCUUCCCAUUACGAGGGCGAGUUUACGUAUGUUAAUGUUACUGAAAAAAAAUACUGGCAAAUUACCAUGGAUAAGUUUCAAAUAAAAAAUUACACCUCUUGCUCGGAAGGCUGUCAAGCUAUCGUCGACACGGGCGCUUCUAUGAUAGGUGGACCACCGCAGACUAUCGCAGCUCUUAACAUAGAGAUCGGUGUUGAUCAUGGGAUGGUGGAGUGCGACGAGAUUUCUAAAUUGCCCGAUAUCAAUUUCGUCAUAGGUGGUAAGACGUUUCGACUCACUGGUCAAGAUUAUAUCUUGAAGAUCACAGGAGGCGAAAUAGAUGUUUGCAUUCCCGCCUUCCAAGGUGUUAUUCCGGUUAAUGGUAUAGAGUGGGUUUUGGGCGAUGCAUUUGUUGGUCGGUACUACACCGUAUUUGACAUGGGGGACGACCGAGUGGGAUUCGCCAUUGCAAAAUAAAUUUUGAUUGCCUUCUCAUGAAGUUAUCAUUAAAUAUUAGAAAAUCUAAGUGACAUUACUAAACAAAUAAGUCAUAGUUUUUUUAGAAUAUCGACCGACAUAUGGUUUGUAAUUUUAUUUGGAUUAUUUAUAUGAUAUAUUUUUAAAUUAAUACGUAUGUGAGAAUUAGAAGAAAGAUAUGCGAUAUUUAUUCUAUCAACAAUAUGGUACAUCUUGUUCUUUCGGCAACUAUCGAAUUGUUAAAUAUUGCGAAUACAACUU